CCUAUAACUAAGUAUGCAUAUAUCUCUAACAAAAACCCCCUCACUCAAACUUCCUGACCCAUCAGAUCUCUGAGCUCAUCGCUAGCCCCUCUCCGGCACCGCGCCCAUCUCUACGACGGACCACUGCCGAUUUCAGAUCGGAGGAAAUGCACCGAACUGUGGAGUACUCGAGGUUACUAGCUCGACCGUUUCUGACGGCUGCGCGUGGCUUCUGUACAUCGCUGUCCAAGAGCGGCGGUGAGAAGAUCGUUGCUUCCGUACUGUUCGAGAGGCUUCCGGUUGUGAUACCGAAAAUCGAUCCUAUCGUUUAUGCAUUUAAGGAAUUCUCGUUCCGAUGGCAACAGCAGUAUAGAAAAGAAUAUCCUGAUACGUUCUUGCAGAAAUCCAAUGCAAGGGGACAAGGAGAUCAUCAUAUUGAGUAUACGCCGGCUCCACGGAUCACUGAAGCAGAUAAAACCAAUGAUAAAAAGUCACUGCAGAGAGCACUUGACCGAAGACUCUAUCUUCUUUUGUAUGGUUCUUCAUAUGAUUCUAAUAGAACAUCUGUGUGGCACUUUCCCGAGAAGGUUUACGACUCUGAACCAACACUACGCAAGUGUGCGGAAUCUGCUUUAGAAUCUGUGGUGGGGGAUCUUUCGAAAACUUAUUUUGUUGGAAAUGCUCCAAUGGGCCAUACAGUUAUUCAGCCAGCAGAAAAUGACAAGGUCGAUGCACCUUCCAAGCGUUUCUUUUUCAAAAGUCAACUCAUCGCAACGAGCAAGCUCAAGAUCGGAAAGUGUGAAGAUUACUUAUGGGUGACAAAGAAUGAGCUAUUGGAGUAUUUUCCUCAGCAUGCUGAAUACCUCAAUAAGAUGAUCAUCAGCUGAUAAUAUUUCUACUCUUUGCUAUCCUAGCUUUUUUAUCAGCUUCAGGAAAAAAAAAAGAUGGAACUGUUUGAUAUGUUUCUACCGUGUUAAAGGUGUUAGGAUAUUUUAGUUGUUUCAAGAAUUGUAAUAAUUCCCUUAGGCUCAUCACUUAUGUCUGUAAUUCUUGGGAUCCAGAAAUUGCCUCUGAUGUGAAAAAUAAGGGUAAAACCAGAUUACAGCACAUGCAUUGAGAUUGUAUCCAACUUCCAAAGAAUAUUGAAUGCCUGAAAAAGAAUUUUCGAAAAUAGUGUGUAUGGAAUAA